CGGCGGCGCGAGCGCACCGCCAGGCACUCGGUUGCGCGCGGCCGAGUCGCGGAGGCGCCGCUGCAGCAGUCCCUGCGUCUGCGAGAAACAUGGCCGACAGCAAGGCCAAGCCCACCAAGGCUGCCAACAAGACACCCCCCAAAUCCCCAGCGGACUCUGCAAAGGACAAAGCAGCUAAGAGGCUGUCACUGGAGUCAGAAGGUGCCAACGAGGGGGCGGCCGCCUCGGCCCAGGAGCUCAGUGCCCUGGAGGAGGCCUUCCGGCGGUUCGCCGUGCAUGGGGACACCAGAGCCACCGGGAAGGAGAUGCAUGGCAAGAACUGGUCAAAACUGUGCAAGGACUGCCAGGUGAUCGAUGGGAAGAACGUGACUGUCACCGACGUGGACAUCGUAUUCAGCAAAAUCAAGGGCAAGUCCUGCCGGACCAUCACGUUCGAGCAGUUUAAGGAGGCGCUGGAGGAGCUCUCCAAGAAGAGAUUCAAGGACAAGAGCAGCGAGGAGGCCGUGCGAGAGGUGCACAGGCUCAUCGAGGGCAAGGCCCCCAUCAUCUCAGGAGUGACGAAAGCCAUCUCCUCGCCCACCGUGUCACGGCUCACGGACACCACCAAGUUCACAGGCUCCCACAAGGAGCGCUUCGACCCAUCAGGCAGGGGCAAGGGCAAGGCCGGCCGCGUGGACCUGGUGGACGAGUCGGGCUACGUGCCAGGCUACAAGCACGCGGGCACCUACGACCAGAAGGUGCAGGGGGGCAAGUAGCCAGUCCCCCGGGGACAGGGCCUUCCUCCUUUGCUGGCCCCACAUCACCUCACACUUCUUUACAUUCCUGGGCUCACUGGGGCAGAACUCAGACGCUGGGGUGGAGGGGCUGUGGGUGACUCCCAGACCUCCUCCUGCCUGGAGCCCCGGCACGCUCCUCUCCUACCCCAGGUGCAGCCCCUGAACUCACUGACCUUCCUCUAAUGCACCUGCCUCAUCCCACGUUGGGAAGUCAACAGAUGGUCAUUUCCAAAGUGUUUCCUGGAUCCAGACCACACAGGCCACCUGGUUUGCAGGUGAAAGGGGUGUUUUGAAGGAGCAGGUGGGACAGACCCUGCCAGAGGUGAUGCUGACCUCCUCUCCAGCAGACCUGCCCAGGAACCAUGAGGGCAACAUGCACUAAUGCACUAACCAGCAGCACCAGGGAGAUGACGUGAACCUCGAACAGGACACAGAUACGUCUCUGAGGGCUCCGUUCAGAUGUGCGACACACAGGUGCAUGCUUACACACGCACACACUCACGCACUCAUGGACACAUGCUGACACAUGCUCAUGCCCCCCCACAUCCACUCACACACACAUGCUUACACACACACGCCCACCAACCAGGUCUGUGCCGAGGACGGUCAUGUGGGCGAAGGCUGGUGUGCGAAGGAAGGUGAGCCCGUGAAAGAAUGCUCCACAGGAGACCAAAGGAAAGUGAUCUGAAGUGUGAAGUUAGAAGUUUUUAAAAUGGACACUAAGGACAGGUCAUUUCAUUUUGCUUUUUAAAGAAAAGAAGAAAUCAGAAGAAACAGUGACUGUGUGGAUCAGGGAAGAAUCAGAAUAUCCUGUGUCUGUGACUCUCUCUCCCUGUUGGCCCUGUUGGCCCUGAGGCUCCCCCACAGACAGGUGUGUGAUGGGGCAUCUUCUGCCCGUCCCUGUUCUGAAAUCAGGGCCUCGAGGCAGCAGUCGCUGUGGCUACUCCCUUUGCUCACAGUGCAGCACGAAUCUCUGCGGCUCCAGCCUCUGCAGUUAAUUCUUGCCUCUCUGAACUCUCCCGACCUGGGAGUGCAGGAAACUACACAACAUGACCAGGCCAGGGAGGGCCUCCCCUAAAGGCCCACACAUAUGCUGGGGUUGGCGGGCGCUUUCACAGUGGCCACAAGGCAACACUCCAUUUGCAUACAUGCAGCCACAGCCUGGUGCGCCACCUUCUGGCUAUGUGGUCCUGGAGCCGGUCCUGGGACAAGCCCACGGCAGUCUCAAGAUGCUUCCACAGCCAGUGUCUGCUCUGCACUUCUUCCUGGUCACGGCCUGGCCCAGCACGGGCGGCUGAAGCAGGGACCAGCACCGCCACGGCACACGGGCUGGUCACCGCUGGGGCUGGGGAAGGCUCAGGGCCAGCAACUCCAGCUGUGUCUCCACCAGACCCCUCGCACACCGGCCUCCCCUCACCAUCCCUGUCUGCCUCUGUGGACAGCUUCAUUCGGAGGUCCUGGGAGCUCACAGCGUGUGGCAUUGGAACCCAGGGGAUGGAGCACAGGCUCCGAGGGCCUCUUCUAGGGCUAAUCUCACCAUUGUCUCGAAAGUUUCUAACUUGGGGAUCCUAAGCUGCCAGCAAGGCUACUCUGCAGUGAGGAGACUGAGGACCAGGGGCUGGGCAAAGGCAGGCAGGGUGCCAGUCCCCACCCUGUGCCUCCCUCCUCCCCAGGCUGGACCUUUAGGCGAAACGCAAAGGCAAGAGUAACCUGAAGACAACUGAACGUACAGUGUUUCUUGACAAUAAGCUGAUCACAAACCACAGCCCUGUUCCAGCGCUGGCGAGGUUUCUUUCCGUGGCCACAUUUCCCCCCAUGCCUGGCGGCACUGCCAUGGGGGCAUGCUGUGGGCUCCUGGUCAGGCUGCUUUUCUCCUGCCCCUGGGCAGCCCCAUUCCCCUCGUCACAGACACUGGAAUCGGCAGGACCUCGGCCACAUGCACGCUGGCAAAGGCUGCCCACGCCACGGCCCACAGAGGCAGAUGUCACCUGGGCCUGCCAUGGGUGCAGGCCCUUCUCAGCCCUUCCUUGCCUGCUGGACCCCGGAGAGAGGUGCCAGCACCAGGACAGGUCUCCUGUCCCAGAGCAUUGUCUUCAGGCAAGAACAGCUCCACACGAAGGUUCCAGCCUCCGACGAGGGCCAGCUGCCGGAGCACCCUGGGAAAUGGGGUCUGAGCAAAAGAAACAACGUGCGUCUGUCCUCCGACCCCGUGGCAGCCCGUGCUUUCUCCCACGGUGCCGCCUCAGAACUGGACCCCCACGGCCCCGUGCGGCAGCCCUGGCCGCGGAGCACCCACCCCAUCCCCUCAGGCUGGUGGAGGGGAGCUACUUGACAGGAAACCCUUGGCCCACUUCUGAGGAAAAUGUCAGAAUGCUCUGCUCACCCUGAUAGCAGCAGCUUCUUUUUGGGUUUUCUGAAUGAAAUCAAGUGCACACAGCUGCUCCCGUCGGUGACCCUCCCCAUCCCCGCCCACCCAAGCUCAGGGGAGAGCCCCACACCCUGGGCCCGACUCCCCACACGCCCGGCCGGGGGUCUGUCCACAGCUCCGCGGUCCCGCCGGCCACACAGGCGCUGCGGUUGCCCUGCGUCCCCUGCCCGUCCCCAGGCUGCGCCAGGCUCACACACAAGCCAGGACUCAUUGUUCUCCAGUCAAAGUAGAGCUUUGAAAACCCACCCACCCCUCUCUGUCAGAGAAGGAGGAAGAAGGGCUAAGUCAUGCGGACUCAGUAUUCACCGUUCUGCCCCUUUAAUCGCCUGGUGAGUGCAUCAUUGCGUCUGUGUGUAGCUUCUCAACUCCAACUUCACUGCACAAAACCGACACACAUGCAUGUCCCUCCACCGGGUUCUGAGUAUUGUGAAUACGUAGGCAGUGUGUGCCCGUGCUGCACGUUCUUAUGCAAUGCCAGUCAGCUUCUAACCAUGGUCACUUAGAAAUUAAAUAUCUAUCUGUGAACAAAAGAAACUGCACAGCAGGCACCCAGGAGACAGGCCGUGUUCCGAGGGGAGGACACCGGGAGACGGGAUGCCUUCCGAGGGGAGGACACCCGGGAGACGGGAUGCGUUCCGAGGGGAGGACACCCCAGGAGACAGGCCGCAUUCCGAGGGGAGGACACCGGGAGACGGGAUGCCUUCCGAGGGGAGGACACCCGGGAGACGGGAU